UGCGGGACUCGCGACUCGGUGGGCUCUGGCGCGGGGAUGAGUGGUCGGCGCGCACCUGGAGGAGACAUGCAGGGGCUGCGGCAGACUUUCGUGCGCGUCCUCAACGGUUUAUGAUACGGAGUGAGAGCUUGUGGUUCGAUCCUGCCGGUGAUGGGGAGCAGCGCAUGGAGCUGCGGUGCCGUGAUGCUGCUGAGCGUCUUCUGCUGCUGCCGCGCCGCCACCUUGGAAUCCAUCCACUGGAGCGGCUCCAAUGCAAAAUUUACUGCAGGCCAGGGUCUGGUCCUGUAUCCUCAGAUAGGGGACAAGAUGGACAUUGUGUGUCCCCGGGCAGACGCUUCCCCGGGGGGGAAGGAGGAGUUCUACAGGGUGUACCUGGUCUCCCGGAGUCAGAUCGAGAGCUGCACCAUCGACAAGACGGACACGCCCCUGCUGAACUGUGACAAGCCUCACCGGGACGUCAAGUUCACGUUCAAGUUCCAGGAGUUCAGCCCCAACCUGUGGGGUUUGGAGUUCCUCAGGGGGAGGGACUAUUACAUCACCUCCACCUCGACAGGAGCUCUUCAAGGUCUGGAUAACACUAAUGGAGGAGCGUGUAGGACCAAAUCCAUGAAGCUGAUGCUGAGAGUCGGCCAGAGCUCCUCAGAUCCACCCUCAAUACUCCAGGAGUCGCCCACCAGAUUCCCGCCCUCACGACCGAAACCCAAGGCCAAGGACGAGUCUGCGAAGGAACACGACGCAAAAAGCAAAACUGACGCAAACCAGGAUGAAGGACAAACAAACCCCGGUGGCGGCGGUGACUCGGAGACACAGCUGUUCGUGUGGGUCUUUUCCGGCUGCGUGAUCGUCCUUCUGGUCGUCAUCGUUUUGCUGGUGCUGCUGUGGAGGCGCCGUCACCGCCACUGCCUCCCAGAGAGCCAGCAGUCCGCCUCCGUGUCCCUCAACACCUUGGCCCUGCCGAAGCGGGACAGCGUCAGCAGCGACAACAACGGCUCGGACCGCAGCGACGUCGUCUUCCCUCUGCGGCCUUCCGACAGCAUGAUCUGCCGCCACUAUGAGCGUGUGAGCGGCGACUAUGGUCCACCUGUCUACAUCGUUCAGGAGAUCACACCUCAGACUCCCACUAACCUCUACUACAAAGUCUAAUGUGUGCUGCUCUGGUCUUUAUCUAACAUGUUAACCACAUUUAUAAAGAUGGACAACACAUCUCCUCCUCCUCCCACUACAGCAAGAAAUGCAGCCAAAACAUCCCGGAUACUAACGCUGCCAUCUUGCACAUUUGGAGCCAGAGUCUGUGUCACUAGAAAUCUGUGGAUGCAGCCACGGUGGCGAGGUCCGGUCGAUAGGCACAUUUGACCAAUCAUGAGUCAGCCUCAGCUGUACAUCAUGACAUGACGUUUCACCGCCUUUUCACAGCAACUAAUUCAAUUCAAACUUACUGGAAAAACAAGAACUUGAACAAACAUCAGAGUGACAUCUAACUAAACUGACCGUACAUGGGGGGCCAUGUAAGUAUUCGAUGUGUGCUUUGACUGAUUGUCUUAAUUUGGUCAAUAGCAGGGGGAGGAGGUAUUUAAGACCUUUACUGCAACCAGCCACCAGGCUGCAAUCGAGACACUUUGACUUCACUUUUUGGUAGCCGUCAUGUCGUCCAUCUUUAUAAACUAAUGGUUAAUAAUCUUAUAUUUUACUUCUGGCUACAGUUUGUUACACAAUGUUCCUGUGGCUGUAGAGUUUGUAGCAUUUAAAGGAAACGUUGUGACUUUAUCUGAGAGCUGUGUUGCUCUGAACAAAGACAUCCGACACGUGAGUCAGAAGACUUGUUGGGCUCCUAGUGCACAAAAAGCUGCUUAGUACACUUUGUAUUAUUGGUGAAGAGACAAUCCCAGAGAUAAAUGGUGUCAUCAGAUAUCAUUCAGUCGUUGUGUUCAGUUUGUGAGUUAUGUCCCGUAGUGUCUAGCAAAUGCCAGUUAGUUUUUGUUUGUAUUUUACUAAGAAAUCUGUUGUUACUCCCUGCUACGGAAUGUGGCAGCUUCAACGUGUUUUGUAUAUUUAAUUUAUUGAUAAAAUGGGGAAGAGAGAUUGACAUUUGCAUUAAAAUACACUAACUUUUUGAGUUCUUUAGAUUUAACAUAAUUGAAGUGUGUAAACUUUGUUUAAAAUGCUGUUCAUUAAAAUUAAAAUCAUUUGGGGCCUUUUAUUGUAGUUAUUUAAAUGAUCAUUUCCAAACAGCUUUUAUUAUAUUGUACUGUGUAGCCAGAGGUCCCAAGCCACAAAAAAAAAGGAUUUUCCAAUGUAAUUAUUUAUCACAGGAUUUUUUUGUUACUUGUUAAAGAUAAAAAUGAACAACUUGUCAGUGUCUCGUCCUCUGUGUGUGUUCCAUCUCUUCUUCCAAACCAACAAAGGUAAAAGGUAGAAGUGACGAACACAGGCAGGAAAUGAACAGAAUAUAAUGGAGAAAGUGAAGUUUGAUUUAGAAUAAAUGGUGAUGAAUCACAGUGCACUCCCUCAAUGAUU